AUGACUGUACUGGACCUGUGGCUGACCCGUUCUCUCCCCAUGUGUCUGCUGCUCCAGAGCCUUGUCCUCAUGGCCCUGUGCUUUCACCCUGCCAGCAUGUGCCCCAAAGGUUGUACCUGUCUGCACGGCAAUGGCCUCAAUGUCACCUGCAGCAAUGCCCACCUGAAAGAGAUUCCGCUGGACCUGCCUCCAGACACCUCUCUCCUCCGGCUCGACCACAAUCAGGUCACCACCAUCCCAGACCAGGUGUUCAAGGAGCUGCGCAUGCUGCGAGAGCUGAACUUGUCCCACAACGCCAUCAGAACACUGGGUGAGAAUGCCUUCAGGGGCGUGGAGAGCACCCUGCUUACGCUGGACCUCUCCCACAACAAGAUCAGCACUGUGCAUAAGAAUGUCUUUGCCCUGCUGAAAGCCCGGGUCAACAUGGGCAACAACCCCUGGCAUUGUGACUGCACACUGCAGCAGGUGCUGAAGGGCAUGACGUACAACCACGAGUCUGCCAGCCGGGUUCUGUGCAAGAGCUCAGAGCUCCAGGACCAAGAGGGCCGGCCCUUCCUCACCAUCGACGCUGACCUCUGUAACCUACCCAAGCGCACUACUGACUACGCCAUGCUGGUCACCAUGUUCGGCUGGUUCACAAUGGUCAUCUCCUACGUGGUGUACUAUGUGCGUCAGAACCAAGAGGACGCUCGCAGGCACUUAGAGUACCUGAAGUCCCUCCCCAGUAAGCAGAAGAAGCAGGAUGAGGGGGAUGAUGUCAGCACUGUGGUAUGA